AGAUGCUGUGAGUGAUUUGGCUCUUCAUCUUCUGGCCAAGCAAAAAAUAAUGGUUGUGAAAGACAUAGAACGUGAGGAUAUAGAGUUUGUUUGUAAAACUCUAGGAUGCCGACCAGUUGCUUCUUUGGAUCAUUUUACGCCAGAGUCCUUGGGUACAGCUGAACUGGCAGAAGAAAUUCAAACUGGUAGCAGCAAAUUUGUGAAAGUUACAGGAGUGCAGAACACAGGAAGAACUGUAUCAAUAUUGCUGAGAGGUAGCAAUAAGCAGGUUUUGGAGGAAGCUGACAGAUCACUUCAUGAUGCACUUUGUGUGAUUCGCUGCUUAGUUAAAAAGAGGUUCCUCAUUCCUGGUGGUGGAGCGCCUGAGGCAGAGUUGUCUGUCAAGUUAACACAGUAUGCACACACACUGAAAGGCAUGGAUGCAUACUGCUUCCGAGCCUUUGCUGAAUCACUGGAGGUAAUCCCAGGUAUAUUGGCUGAAAAUGCUGGUCUUAGCCCCAUCUCAACAGUUACUGAGCUGCGUAACAGACAUGCUCGUGGGGAAACGCAUGCUGGAAUCAAUGUUCGCAAGGGAAGUAUCAGCAACAUCAUUGAAGAAAAUGUACUGCAGCCCCUCUUAGUUUCUACCUCAGCCAUAACACUUGCUGCCGAGUGUGUUCGCUCAAUCCUCAAGAUUGAUGAUAUUGUGAACGUGAUCCGUUAGAAUCGGUCAACAGUGUCCUAUUUACAAUUUCUGUGUACCAAAAGUUGAACACUGCUGCUUUUUGUUUGAUUAGGAACCACUAGUUCUUGCAUGCAAUAAAUAAAUUAGAUAAAAAAAUGCUUGUAUUCAUAUAUCC